AUGACCACUACCAACACGGAGCAAAACAACAUUAUGAAAUCCGAUCUACAGAAAAUAAAGGACCUGUUAUCGGAAUUGGAAAAAUCAUCGAAUGACAACCACACGACGACGGAGGCGCGAGAACCUCUCUUUCAACAAUUAGUAGUCUUGUUAAAGAAAAACUCACAAAUUAUUUUACAAUUUGUUUCUGACAAGUUGAGUUUGCUGUUAAAAUUACUGGAACAUCAAAUUCAAUUUGGGGAAUUCUCACCUUCCGCUUACACAAGUUAUGGAUAUUUGGCACAUCAUGAAACAAUAUCAAAAUUAUUCACAUCAUCCAGUAUUCAACAAUUCUUUCAAAUCAUGUUUGAACAAACCAAAAUCUCCAAAAAGUCGCUCUCACUCGCCGUGUGGUGUCUCGGAGUUCAACGAUUUGUGUCUUCCCAUCACUCCAAUAUUCAUAAUGCGACAAGCACAACGGCUCUUUCACAACAACAAUCAUCAUCGAAUCCUAUAGAACCUUUUGCCGCAGAAAUUUUCAAAUGCAUUAGUUAUGGAAUUAAUAAUCCGUAUCAAUCACAUACGACCACAACGGAGGCACUCAAUACACUUCUUGUGAUUAUCAAUCAACUUCAAGAAGUGAGUGCAAAACAUGCCAAUGUGUGGCUCGUGGAUGUACUUGAAAGUCUAAUUUCUCCUCACAAAAAUAUUUGCAUUGCUGCAGAAAAAGUGAUUGACCUCUUCAUAUUCAAACAAAUGCUUCCUUUUCACAAUAAUAAGAAAUUUCAAUUUUCUGAGGAGAUUUUGAAAACCAUUUCACAAACCUUAAUGGACCGUCAUGAAAAGAUUUAUGUAGCUCUCAAACAAAAUCUAACUAUUUCAAUCUACGAUUCAUCAAUCACACUUCCACAGCAACCACUCACAUCAUCUGCAACAACCACCACUCAUAAUUCAUGGCAUUACUUUUUACCCGAAUUUUCCAAUAGACAAUGUAUUAUUGCAUUGAAAGCAUGGGGAUUAAUUGUAUACUUUUUAGGAAAGAAUUUAGCCAAAGACAAUAUUUGCACACAAUAUCAUGAACUGUUAAAAUCCAAGCUCUCUAUUAUACGUACUGUUGAUAAUGACUCAUCACAAUCUUCCUCAAGUAAUAACACUUCGUUUGCUCAAUCCACAAGUCAACCCUCAUCAUCCACAUGGUCGUCACAACGACACAACGAAGCAAUUAUUGGAGGCAUAUUAUUUUGUGAAUGUAUCGAUUAUGCUUGGUCCAUGCUCAUUCAAACUUUCCAAUCCCACAAACCACUCUAUUUUCACACUUCGAAAGGAAGACUCUCGUUAAUUAUGAAACCUCUUUUUGCAGGUUUAAAAGUUCUCGCAAAUAGCCCAAAUACUACAUUGGGACUUGUGGAUAAGAGAAUUCAUGAAAUGUGUUAUCGUAGAAUUAUUUUUCAAAUUUUGCCAGACGCUGCAAAGAAUACUACCUUACUCUUUGAGCUUGUAUUGAAGCCGUUUUAUGAUGCAAUUUCAUCGAAAGAAUUGACCGAGCAUGGUGUCAGAGAACAAUUAAUUUUGUUUUUGAGUCAAUGGCUGUACAAUGAUCAACGAGAGACACUCAAGAAAACAAAGAAGCGAAAAGAUUCGCUUUUAGAUGACGAUAGUGACGAUGAAUUUAGAGAAAAACGAAAAGAUUCACCAUCAGAAAUGUGUAAUAAUGAUCAUAGAGUGGCUCUAAAUGAUAUUUCAUUCCUUGUGAAGAAGCAAUAUUCAAGUUGGUUUGAAGCUCCAUGCUUAAAACAAGAAGGAGUAUUAAUGUGCACUCAGUCCUCUUCUGUGAACAAAAUACUUAAUACCUCUUCUUCAAAUCCAUCUGGUAGUGUAGACUACACAUUGAGUCCACUUCAAAAGUUGGAAUUUAUUUUCACAAAUUUCAAGUGGAUGUUUGAAGGAUUUUUAGAAAAGUUAUUCAAACGAUUUUUAGUAUCAUUCAAAUUGAAUUCGACGGAAAAUCAAGACAUAGCUAAUCGAUUCUCAAAAGUACUUAAUUGCUAUUUUCGAUCACUAUGUCAAGUGGUGGUAUCUUACAUUCAACAUUUUCCUAAAACUUUGAGCGAAGAAGAAAAAGAAAAAUAUUCCUCACUUGUACGCCAAUUAAUUUCUCGAUUAGCCACAUUUUGUUUAGAAAAUGUCGUACAAAGUUUUCAACCAUUCUCAGAAGUUGAUUCUAGUGGAACGAUGCUUCAGAAUUGGACACAAGAAAUGACUCUACUCUUUUUAAAGAGUUUCUUUGAAUGUAUACCAUUGAAUACGUUAAUGACUGGACACAUGAAUGGGCACAUGGAACACGACCAUAUGCUUCCGAUUACUUUAGAUUUGAAGGAUAUUUUCACCAAAAUAUUUAAAACAAACGUGGUUGAAAACAGUGAGAAGAAAUCACCGUUAUUUGCAAUACUUCAUGGAUUAUUUGAGAUUUCGUUGAGGGGUAUUAAGGGAAAUUCUGUCAAUGUGACCAAAGCUACUGAGAUUAUUUUUGAAAUUCUCUCUGCACUUGCAGAUCGGUUGUUUUCUGAUUCGUUAGAAAUGCCUGACUUGUAUUAUGAUCAUACAAGAACCUAUUUGGAAUUAAUAUUCUCCGAAUUACUAUUCGUUCAACAAAAGGUCUUUUGUAACAUUCCACAGAACACUGUCGAAAUGAUCUCUCUCACCAAAGUUAUUGAAUGUCAAAUGUUGGCUUGGCAAAAAUUUUGCACUCUAUUUCGAGAUUCCAUGCGAAUUAUUGACUCAUGUUUCUCUUUGAUGAGUACUUCUUCAGAAGAUGAUCAUCAGUCACGAUUUGCCCAUACGUCCGCCGAAAUCAUCCAAAAACGAAAAUCUCAAGCACAACAGUUAAAAAACUAUCUCGCUAAACAUGUCUCUGACGGUCAACGAAGCACAUCAGAGUCUAGCUUAACGAGCAAAGCUGUGAAGCCAGAAUUUGUGACAUGUUUGAUGAAGCUGAUCUUUUUUCCAUUUGAUUUGUUGGGAUCCUUUCCUAAGUCUACAUCUGGGCAACAAAAUCAAGAACAAUUACCCAAUGAUAUGAAAGAUGUUACAAAUUUACAUUUCACCAUAAUGAACGAUUUAUUUUCAAAUGAUGGUAAAUUACUCCACACCCUCAAAGAUGUAGUUUUGCUGUAUGGAAGUAUUUAUUCCUCAAGCAAUUUACCUCCGUUCAAUUACAUUAGCAAACAUUUGAAAACAACACUUACUCAUGCUCAUUUGCAACAUAUUUGCGAGGAUUUAUCUGAUAAGCUUCAAUAUCAAUAUGUUUGCAUUUUGAGCAAUUUGAAUGCUGACAUGAAUGAUGGAAUGAUAUCCUCUUCAUUUACUAGUAUGAGAAAUUGGUUUUUGUAUGGAACCAAGAUACUUUCAUUGAUAUGUACAUUAUGUCACGAAUCUCAACGAUUUAAAGGUUCGAUUUUAACAUCAUCUUCAGGAAAAACGGCAGUACAUACUUUGCAAAAUUUGCUUAAACACUUUGUUUGGAUGAUAUUUGACUAUAGAAGGCAACAGCAAUAUACUCCUCAAACUGAACCACUGUUUUCAAAUGUAGUGCAAUUAAUGACAGAGCUGAAGAAAUUACUGUCACUCUCACGGAGCAUGCAGCACGCGCUUCAAUUUGCAAUUGAAUACUCUGAAGAAAUUCUUUUCGAUAAGGACUUUACAAAUUUAUUUGAAUUUAAAGGAGCAAUGAAAUCCAAGUCAAUGCCUUAUUCAACUGAUGAAAUGCUGCAGUUUGCAUCUCUCUGUGAAAAUAUUUGGGAGUGUGUAUUUUCUCAGUUGUCCAAAUGGGCCACUCAGGACAGUGUCAAAUUUGAUCAAAUUUUAUUGAAUCAAAUGGAAAAUAUCUUUAUUUUAGGAAUGAAUGGUCAACGUAAUUCCAAGUUGAGAAAGGUUACCAUUCAAUUUUGGAGAAAUACUUUUGCAAAAAGCUCGUGUACUUUAUCAUUAUCACAAACCUUGAAAGAAACGUUUUUGAAUUUACUGAAAUUAAGGGAAAUCAAUAUGGAAGAAUUAAUGUUUCCUCUUCCUCAAAACACACAAAAUACCACCAUGCCACUGAUUGAAGAUGUUCCUACUUCAAAAAUUGUUUCACAUGGACUUGACGAUAAAAAACCAAAUGAUGACAAUUCCACAGAUUUGAAGAAACGAAAACGAGGAGUUGAUGCAGGUGUCGUCAGCAGUCACUCUUCAUCAAUGAAACAAAACCAAGCAAUCAAAGAGGACUCACAGAAAACUAAAAAGGUUAAACUUACUAAAUCACAAAAAGAAAAGUUCAGAGAACGGAAAGAAACACGAUUGGUAGUUCCCGAGAUGAAUCCAAGUUUACUAUCUUCGUCCAUGCUCUCAACAAGUGACAUGAGUGAUGAUGAUGAUUAUGAUGACAAUACUCCUCCAAUGAACAUCACGUUCAACAAGGCAGAACAAUCCACAAACCUUGUAAACAUUAGUGACAUUGUUGCUGAUCAUCCAAAAAACAACAUUUCCAAUUUAGAUGACAGUUCAUUAUUGGAUAUUAAGAAAGAUAUUGUUCGAAUGACACCCGUUAAAUCAAACAACAACAAGAAUUCUGUUAUCGAUUUGAUUACGCCAGAUUAUUUGCAAAGACCACCAGCACCUGCUUUGCAAUUAUCACCCAUUCGACUCGAAGAAGAUGAAGAAAAGAAAAACACGAGUUCAUCAGUGGAAGAUUUGUUUGCCAAGUUGGAAUCUGGUUGCACUCCACAAAGCAACAAGAUGAAGGUAUCGAAUGAGUCGCUUUCAAUUUCCUUCACGGUAGCUUCAGAACCAAUCAUUCAAAAACAGCAACCCUCUACAAAUGAUGAAGAUAAGUCUACAACAGUAUCUCCCUCCACAACUUGUACAAGAAAUUAUCAAGAUGAUAAUACUCAAAUUACACCAAUUCUUAAAAAGAGUCCAACAAAUCACACUGAACCACUUUCAUUAUAUCACGAAGCAACUGGAGGAAUUGUGAAAAAACAUGUUCGAUUUGAAUCUUUACAAGACUCGAAUGAAACGAAUGAACAUCAUUCUCCACCUCCUCCUCCAACGAGUAAUGUUCGAAACGAAUAUUUAUCAACAACAAGCUCAACAUUUAUGAAGCAAUUGGAAUUGUUACACGACAUGAUUUCAACACACAAAACUUGCAUUGGAUUGAAUAGAGAGGAAAGGAAAUUAGCCAUUCAAAAAGUAUAUUCCAUGUUAGGAUGUUUGUUACAAGAAGAUGAAUAA